AUGGCGAGCGCGGGCAUGAAGCCGGUGGCCGGGCUCCUCCUGGUGCUCAACUUCUGCAUGUACGUCAUCGUGGCGGCGGUGGGCGGCUGGGCCAUCAACCACGCCAUCAACUACGGCUUCUUCAUCGGCACCGGCCUGGAGCUCCCGGCUCACUUCUCCCCGAUCUACUUCCCCAUCGGGAACGCGGCGACCGGGUUCUUCGUCAUCUUCGCCGUGAUCGCCGGGGUCGUCGGCGCGGCCUCGGCGCUAGCGGGGUUCCACCACGUCCGCGCCUGGAGCGCCGAGAGCCUGCCCGCGGCGGCCUCCGCCGGCUUCGUUGCCUGGAUGCUCACCCUGCUCGCCAUGGGAUUGGCGGUGAAGGAGAUUGAACUGCACGGAAGGAAUGCCAGACUGAUAUGCAUGGAGUCCUUCACCAUCAUCCUGUCAGCGACGCAGCUCUUCUACCUGCUCGCCAUACACGGAGGCUUGAGAUAA